AUGUCCAACCCAGUGCUUUCACCGGUUGAUAAUAGUGUUGAAGAUGUGUCUAUCCAGGACAGACCUCGGAUUGGCAUGACUUUUGAAUCUGAAAAUGCUGCAUAUGAGUUUUAUAAUCAGUAUGGUAGAAAGGUUGGUUUUAGUAUUAGGAGAGAUCAUGCACAUAGGAGCAAGCAAGAUCCGACAAUCAUUAAACAUGGACAUCGAAAAAAGGACAAGAGAGAUAUGUUCACGAAGGAACCUCGUGCAGAAAGCAGAACUGAUUGUCUUGCAAGAUUGUGUAUAUCUAGGUUGAAAGAUGAUCAAUAUGAAUGUAAAAAUUUUUUUGAUGAUCACAAUCAUGAUUUGCAUACACCAGCAACUGUUUAUUUGAUGCGGUCUCAACGCCAAGUCUCAAAUAUAGUUGCCCAUGGAAUAGAUUUGGCUAAUGAUUCCAGUAUCAAGCCCAAGGCCACUUUUGACUUGAUGGGCAUGCAAAUAACAAACAUAUUUUGGGCAGAUCCGAGGAUGCUCAUUGACUAUGCACUGUUUGGUGAUGUUGUUAUCUUUGACACUACGUUUUGCACAAACAAGGAGUACAGACCUUUUGGAGUUUUUGCAGGAUUCAACCAUCAUAGGGGUGUGACCAUUGCACUAUUGUAUGAUGAGACAGUUCCUUCCUUUAAAUGGUUGUUUGAGACAUUCUUGGAGGCUCAUGGACAGAAGAAGCCCAAAACCAUUUUUACUGAUCAAGAUGCUGCAAUAGCAAGGGCAAUAGGCGAGGAUUUGAAUAAAUGCAUAUUCCAAUAUGAAAAUGAAGAGGAAUUUGAGAAUGCAUGGAACAUUUUGCUGGAUGAUUACCAACUUGAGAAUAAUUCAUGCACACAACUCAGUGAAAGUAUUAACAGUGAUUUGAAAGAUUAUUUGAGACCCACAUUGAAUCUUGUAUGGUUUUUUAAGCAAUUUGAACGGAUUAUUGAGGAUAAACAUGCUAAUGAAUUGAAGGCUGACUUUGAAGCAAGAAAUACACUUCCUAGGACCAUGGGUUGCAACGCACCAAUGCUGAGACAAGCAGGAAGAGUUUAUACCCCUUACAUAUUUAAUGAAUUUAGGAAGGAGCAUGACAUGUUUCUUGCUUGCUCUGUAAAAUAUCGUACUUUAAAUGAUGUCUUCCACCAAUACUUUAUUGGAAUGGUUGAUGAGGAAGGUGACUUUAUGGAAGGAGAACAUGCAGUCUUGUACAAGAUACAUGAGCAGGCUUUAGAAUGUAAUUGCAGGAAAUUUGAGACAUAUGGCAUCCUAUGUUGCCAUGUCUUAAAAGUUUUAGAUGUGCUCGAGAUAAAGUGUAUUCCUGAAAAAUACAUUUUGAGGAGAUGGAUACUAGCAGCAAAAGACAUUUUGGUGGAGGACAGUAAGGGGAAAGAAGGGAUGGAAGAUGUCCAGCUGAGUCGUGAUGAGCACAUUUAUGUGUGA